ACUAACACUAUCUGAAAGGACCUUCUAAGGUUGCUUUUACACCUCUUCAGUCCUUUAUACAUACACACACUGCACCUAGCAACAGCUUGUUGACUCUGAGAAGAAGGCUCUUUCAAGUCUCAAGUCCUGUAUAGUCUUGUGUGAAGACUUGCUGAUAUCACAUUCACUUUUAUCUCUACUUCCUACCAUCAUCUCUCUCUCUCUCCUUUGAUAUAUAUAGGGAAGGACUGGCACUAGAUAUGGAGCAAACUGGUGAAGCACUAUCUGAUGAAGGCCCUAAGGUUGCUCCAAUCAACACUAAUAGCUAUUCCUCUGACUUCAGUGUUUCCACUCGUCUCCUCCAAGCGGACAAUCCCACCCAAGGAGCCUCCUCGUCGUACAUUGCCCCUACAUACCCGACUGAUAACUAUUCCUCUAACCCACCUCCUCCGCCAAAUGGCUGGCAGUUCCUCCUACCCUCGGACAUGGGUACGGCCCGCGGUCACCCUCACUCUACUGGGCAAUACGAGCCGGCACCAAACGCCUCUCUCUCUCUAAUGCCACCACCUCCUUAUCAGUCCAUUGCUUACUGUAACGGGUAUCCAGGCUCAAAGAUUGGGAUUAGCUCCUUACCUUCUCAGUCUCUUGAUGUCCAUGGGCACCAUCACACAUCCAUCCCUCCUCUUCACCACAAGUUUGAUAUUGGGUAUAAUAGUUGGAACGUUGGUGCUUCUUCUUCCACUGGGUCUGGGAGUAAUAGUGGCAAGCCACUGCCUCCGGUUGGGACGCUCACGUCUCCUCCUUCUGUGUCCUAUCCCAGCUCACCUAGCUAUAAUGAUCAAGAUAAUCCUGAUUCUUCUAGACCUCCGAUGGCCAUCAAAGAAGAGUCUUAUAUUGAGUCGGAUGACCGUGGUGAGGAGGACUAUGGGCCGAGUGACGAAGAGAGUGACUCAAACUCUACCACGGAUAAAGACGCUGAGCCAAAGAAGCCGAAAAGAACAAGGACAGCUUACAGUAACAGCCAAUUGGACCAGCUGGAGUUGAUAUUUGCCACCACACAUUAUCCUGAUGUGUUUACUAGGGAAGACCUUUCUAGGAGACUUGGUAUUAGGGAAGACAGGAUUCAGGUUUGGUUUCAGAAUCGUCGUGCCAGGUUCCGAAAACAAGAGCGCACAGGGAGCAUCAGCUGUAGAAGUCGCUAUCGCCAAAAACGACUCGAGAAACUCCAACACAACUUCAUGCCUUCCUCUGCUGGCUACCCGCCCACACACUACCCACCAAGUGUCGUGGGUGGGGGAAAUACCCUAAGCCUAGUUUCAUCGCCAAGUGUCUCUACCACGUCUCCAGUUUCUUACGACUUCUCACAAAGUCAAGGGUUCUCGUUUCAGACCUCGUUUUAUCCUGUCACGCCAAAUUAUCGUUCUUAUUCCACUGGGACCGCUUUUCAGUAUCCAGGGGGUCUGGCAUCUCUUUUUCAAACUGCCCCCUCAACUGCCGAGGGAAAGUAGAUGGGUCAUAUUACAUUUAGCUCUCAUUACAUUUUUCACUCUCUCUCUCUCCCUCUCUCUCUACAAGGUGUGAGCUCUCCACUUCUCUGUUACAUUCACAAGUUUAAGAUAAUCAAUCAGCAAGAACUUCUUCAAUAGUAUUAAUAAUAAUAAAAACAACAUAAACAACAAUAACAGUAAUAAAAUAAUAAAAUAUUUGUGUUUGCAUGCAUGCAUGGUUUUACCAAUUACGUUUAAUUUCUUUUUUUGUGUAUAUCCUAUUUACACAAUUUGUCUUAGCCCAUUGACUAUAA